AUGCCGACCCAAAACGGCCCCGUUUCAUUUUGCACGGAAAAUGGAGACAACGGGACUCAGAGCCCUAAACGCCAUUACCUCAUCGUCUUUACUUCACCUCCGACGCAGAGCUCCGACUCUCCUCCGCCGCGCUAUUUUCUCCGUUCAUCGGAAGCAAUACUCAUCCCAAUUUCCCCUCUCCCUUCUCUCUCCCAGCUUAUCCCCGCUUGCUCUUCAUCUGAUAAGUUUCGAGCAGAUGCAUUGCCGAAUGGAUUUGGUGGGGAAGCGAGCAAAGCUCCGGCGAACAAAGAAUUUCUUCAAGUGGUUCUAGUUUCACCGCAGAUUCCGGGAAACACAGGAUGCACCGCUCGCACUUGUGCUGCGACAAAUGUCAAAUUGCACUUAGUUGAGCCAUUAGGGUUCCAGAUUGACGAUGCAAAGGUAAAGCGAGCUGGACUCGAUUACUGGCCGUAUGUGGUUGUGAAGGUGCAUAGUUCAUGGUCAGAGUUUCGGGAAUACUUCAAGAAACAGGAUGGUGAAAAGAGGUUACUAGCGUUUACAAAACGAGGGACACAAACCCAUUCAGAAUUUACGUAUAGGAAGGGCGAUUGGCUUGUAUUCGGCUCGGAAACUAGUGGAUUGCCGCCCGAUGCACUGCUCGACUGUAAGAGCGAAUCGCUAGGUGGCGGUACGAUUCGAAUUCCAAUGGUUGAAACAUACGUUAGGUGUCUGAAUCUAUCUGUGAGCGUCGGCAUUGCUUUGUACGAAGCUUCUAGACAGCUUAAUUACGAGCAGCUUCUAGAAGAUUCGUCUGAGCCUUGUAUCGAUAGUGAGGCAUCUUUUUUAACUGAAGACAUUUUUGCCUGAGUUAGUUUAGUUCUUUUAUUUGUACCGAAAAAAGGGAAUAUUUUUUAUUUUAUUUAUUACAUGUUUGAGUACACCUGAAAAUUUUGCAGAAAAUCUGGUUUCUGUGUUGACA